GAUAUGUCUGAAGACGAUCCUAUAACGGGAAUUGGUGUUAUCGAAUCUAUCUCAAAUGUACCGCAGGGGUAUGUUGCAAUUACAACAUCAGCUGAUGGCAAAGAUGCUGAUAUUUGGAAGGAUGGAUUUUUUGCUCGAGCUGUCCGGCGAUAUAUUUGCUAUACACGAGUAUUUCCUCUCGAUAACGGCCGGUGGAGAAACGUCGUGAAAGACAUUAAAAUCGUUAAGGAUGGAACUGGCGAAGCGCCUCCUGGCUAUGUUGUCAUCAGUCAGACUAUGGGAUCUGCUCAGCGACAGCCGGCGCUACAGGGUCUGCGGCUUUUUAUCAAAAACGAACCGAGAGAAGUUUGUGAUGGAGCUUUCACGGACCUUCUUCUCGUGUCUAAAGGUGCAAGAAACGAGAAGACAGUAACUACGAAUUAUAUCAAAAUCGGAGAGCUUAACGGGAUGUUUCUUUACGGAAAAUGGAAAAACUUAUCCCCACUAACGGCUAGCAGCGCCACAGUACAAUCGACGAUUCCGAACCCGGCGACAGAGAGAACUCCUCAACAAAGUACAGCGGCUAUGACUAAUAAUGCAGUUACGGAGAAUGGGUUUGAAUUAAUAGGUGGAACGAAUAGCACAGCUAUGAUGAUGCCCCAGCAGGUCUGUCGGCCAAACGACCAGUGGAGUGCGAUGACACUGGAGCGACAGAAGAGCGAAGUGUUGACAACGGGAAUAGAUGGAGUAAAAUUCGUCAUUAAUCCGAAGUACUCCAACAAUUCAAAUGGAGCAGGAGCUGCUAAUCCAAUUGUUAUUCCUUCUUUUGAUACUAUGACAAUGGAUCAGAUUGACUCGAAGUCUACGUACUCCUUGGAUCUAGAGAGAUCUCUGGUUAAUUGACUUCGAAACGUGCCAGCUGCAUAUUGAUCAACUGUGUAAAGUGAAAUUUUAUCUUAAUUAUGUUUAGAUGUUUAGAUUUGCUAGAAUAUACCAGUAAUUGAAUUCAUUUUUGAAUUUUUUUUUUCG